UCUUCUGUGAGCUAAAGGCUGUUGAUUCUCUGCUGCUUUCCCAGUUCCCAUAACUGAGCCCUCCAGUUUGCUCACUCACAGGAGCCCAGGCCAUCUGGUGGGAUGCUGCUGACCCUACUGCUACCCUCGUUCUGGGUGUUUAAAUGGGCAUCUGGAAAUUGCUUUCUUCUCCAUAGGGAGUUCAGAGAUGGGUUUCCAUCUCUGACACUGGAGUUACAGUCUGUGACAGUGCAGGAGGGUCUUUGCAUCCUCGUGCCCUGCACAUUCACUGAGUACCCCAUAGAGAUGUGGUCAGACUCAGUCUUUAGGUACUGGUUCCACGAAGGGGAGAAUACAGACCUUGAUUCUCUGGUGGCUACAAACAACCCAAAUCAACUAGUGCAAAAAGAGACGCAGAGCCGAUUCCACCUCUCUAAGCACUGCUCCUUGGACAUCAGAGAUGCACAGAAGGGUGACAGCGGUUCUUACUUCUUCGGACUGGAAAACAAAGGUGUAAAGUGGAAUUACUGUGAAGAUAGGAUCUUUGUGCAUGUGACAGACCUCACUUACACCCCCAACAUCAGCAUCCCACAGACACUGGAGCUUGGUCAUCCUACUGAUGUGAUGUGCUCUGUGCCCUGGGCUUGUGAACGGGGAACACCCCCCAUCUUCUCCUGGAUGUCAGCUGCCCUCAUAUCCCUGGGCCCCACGACCACCUUCUCCUCAGUGUUGACCCUCACUCCCAGGCUCCAGGACCAUGGAACCAACCUCACCUGUCAGGUGACCUUCCCGGGAGCUGGUGUGACUGUUCAAAAGACUGUCCAGAUCAAUGUCAUCUGGAAACCAAGGCCCCUGGCAGAGGUGAUACAGGUAGCCAUGGGAGAAGCGGCUAUCAAAUUCCUACUUCUUGGCCUCUGCUUCUUCCUCCUCAGCCUGAGAUCCCAUAGGAAGAGAGUGGAGAGACCAGCAACACACAAGGAUCAUGCAGACACUGCCAUGGAUUAGUCUCUCAGGCUGUGGAGAUAGAUGGCAUUACACCAUGGAUCCACCUCACCCAAGUCAAGAGAGCCAUGGAUGAUGAUGCCAACUGGACUGUCUCCGGACUACGGACCUAUUAAAAUUAAAUUUUUGUCUUGCUCUUCUACUCUCUACCCCUCUACAUCCUCUUAAGUCUUGCAUUUUAUUCUAUUGGUAUGAAUAUAGGGUUAUGGUCCCACUCCCACAGCCCUCAGGACUGGAACUAGGAACUGAGAAAGAUGGAUACAGGCGAAGUAUUAACUAGUGUGACUACAUACCACCAACCCAUAAUCAUCUUGACCUCUGCUCACUAAUGCCCACUUUAAGUGUUUGGUAGUAUUUAAAAAACCAAAGAUAUGGGAGUUUAUCUUUUUGAGGUAGAAAUACAGAGUUUACCAUCCUAUGCAUGCCCUGAGGCUGGGCCCUUUAGUUAUCAGGAACAAGAAAGAUUUGUUGCAAAAAUUGGGGUUAUGAGAGUAAGGCUUCCUGAAAUUUCCUCUUUAAAAGAUUUUGGCCUUUGGAAAAGCUGGGGAAGUCAGACUCUAUGCCACUGGAAGGGACAGAAUCUAUCAAGGGAUAGAGGUAACUAUUCCCAGCCAGAAAUCAGCCAAGAUUGCUGGUUAUCCUUAGGCACCCAGCCCCAAACUACCUAAGAUAGGAAUGAACCAGACUGUCAUCCCAUUGACUUACAAAACUCACUGUGACUGGGACAGCCCAAAUUAACAUUAGAGAAUUUAUAAGAGGCUAAAAUUUGUCUAAUACACAAAACCUUCAAUGUACACACGUCCCCAUAUUCUGAUGCCUGCCCUUCUGCCUUGUGGAUUAACUCAUCUGGAAAGCAGCAGUACUGCUGAGACUGCUUGGUGGGCAUGUACUAAUGGCUGGACUGAAAGCGCCUCUUCUGAUGCUUGCCAGACUAAGUAGAGAGAUUGAUCAGGACUUAGAGGUAUUAAAAGCUUCUGUUUCUGAAUUAAAACAACAGUGAAAUUCCCUUGCAGAGAUGUCCUCCAAAAUUGGAGAGGCUUAGACUUAGUUGUCCCGAGAUAAAAGAAACUAUGCAUGGCUUUGGAAGAAACCUGUUAUCUCUAUGCUAAUUAAUCAAAAGUAAAUGUCAUGGUUGAUGGAGAAAAAAAAACAAAAUAACAACAACAACAAAAACCUCAGUACUCAUGAGGCAAAGGCAGGCAGAUCUCUGUGAGUUUGAGGCCAGCCUGAUCUACAGAGUGAGGUCUGGGACAGCCAGAGCUACACAGAGAAACCCCAGUCUAAAAAUAAAAAAAUAAAUAAAUAAAAAAUUUUAAAAAAAGCAACAAAAAAAAGAGAAAAGGAAAAAGAAGGAGAGAGAAUAAAAAAG